AUGACUGCUUCACCAUCUCCUAUUGGUUUUAAUUUCUUUCGGAGAAGAUAUCUGAUGGACGAACAUCAAUCAAGUUCUGAUUACGAAGAAUUCGACAUAGAAGAGCUCGAACAGCUUUCGACAAUCAUUAAUGAACAGUCCUGUACAACAGAGGAAUAUUAUUACUUGAAUGAUUCAUUGGAGGAUGAAGCACUUUCAACUGCUGAACAAAACAAACAAAACUAUGUGAAUAAAAACCUAUACGAAAUGUUUCGUUCCGACAGGGGUUACCUAAAGGUCACGGACAUGGUAGCUCCACUUUGGUGCGGUGUACAACAUUCAUACGCUUUACUAGAUCGUGUAGAACGAAAAACUCCGGCUAUGGAGAAAGGGACGAUAAUUCAUCUAAAGUUGGAACUUGAAACGACACCGCCGAAGGAACGCGUUCGAACUGAUGAAACACUUGCGGAGGAACCUUGGGCGCUACAUAUUCUUUUGCAACUGGAUGGACUCUUGCUUUUGACUAAAAAUGGCAUUACAAGGGAAUUUCCCAUCUGGGGAUUUUAUAAAGACAGCUUAUUAUUUGGGAUUAUUGACGAAUUGACAGUUCUUAAGACGGAAAAAGACGACAAUCUCUUAAGCAUGAAAGACAACAAAACCAGGGGAACCAUUACUAUUCCUUCGCAAUCUCAAAUUCUUGGAUCUGAACUGCAGCUCAUGUAUUAUUACCAUCUAUUCCAAGAAUAUUUCCAAAAUGCAGACUCCUGGUGGGAUUCCUUUCUAAAACAACAAGAUCUCGAUGGAAAAAAGAAUCUUGGCCAAAAUUUCCUGAAACAGGCAAUUGAAACAUUACCUUCAAUUGAUCCGAAAGAAUUGGAGGCGCACAAUACUCUUAGCGGUUUGCAUGCUCUUGCAACGCGUCUGACGAAGGACUUUCAAUUACGAAGUUUGAGUCCAAAAUUAACGGUGACAUAUAGACACAAUAUCUCUGGAGAUGUCAUACGUAAUCAUAUCUUUGAUAUGAACUCAACUAUACUGAAUCAUUACUUUCACGAGAUGUUCGCGUACUGGCACAAUGAGGCAGAACCAAAAGGCGUACCAGAAAAUGAAACAUUCAAAUGCAAAUACUGCGAGUUUUCAGAACGUUGCUGGUGGCUGAAUGAAAAGGCUAUAGAAGUUUGGAAUAGGAAGCGAAAAAGACUAUACCCAUGA